AGAGUAUUGUCCAAAUUUUCUUACGGAAGUUUUGUGUGCUUCUCGAUUUAAUUAAACAGCUGAAGCCCGCAGGCUAAAAUAUUAUUUGAAUCUGCUGCGUUCCCGUUCAGUGCUUGCAUUCGUCAGAAAUGGAAUCUGCUGCAGUUGACCCCUCAGAUGCUAUCCCAGUAGAUACAAGUAGUGAUGGAGUGGCUGAAAAGGAUCCAGAUGCGAAUAUGGCCGAAGACGAAGGAAACGUAGAAGAAGAGCCGAAAGAAUUACGGAAUCUGGACGGCGGGGACACAGGGGAAAAUUCGGCCCCUCGCGAAGCAGUGACUUUCAACGCUGUGUAUAAUAAGAAGAAAUAUGAAAUAACUUUUGAUUUGGACGAAACCAUCGCCAGCUUAAAAAAACACUUGGAAAGCAUAAUCAAUGUGACAAGCGAUAUGCAGAAAAUUAUGGUCAAGGGUCUGGCUGACAACAAGAAAACGCUUCGAGAAGUUGGAAUAACUCCUACAACAAAAGUCUUGAUCGUCGGGUCUCAAGUCAGUGAUGUGUUGUCCGUUACCCAGCCUGCGAAAGGGGCAAGUGCUCCGGAAGAAAAGGUGUGCGCAGCGAAGGAAAGCUUUUUCGAAAAUAAAAUCCACAAAAAGGUGAUCAGCGCUGGAGUGCCGCCAGAUGCAAUGAUGGGCAUAAAAAACUCCAAGGAUGCGCUACCGGAUACUCCUCUCACGGGAAUGUUGAAUAAGAACUUAGGUAAAGUUCGUCUUACGUUCAAGUUGGAACUCGAUCAGAUUUGGUUUGGCACCAAAGAACGUACCGAAAAAGUCAAUAUGAGCUCUAUCAAGACAAUUGUGAGCGAGCCGAUUCCUGGAAACGAAGAAUACCAUGUCGUGGGCUUUCAAUUGGGACCUACGGAGGCAUCAAGAUAUUGGGUCUAUUGGGUUCCGGCCCAGUACGUGGAAUCUAUCAAGAGGACAGUGUUGGGUAACUGGCAAUAUUACUGA